CGCCACUGCUCAAAUCUUCUUCGGUCGGAGCGCAGUGAAAUGGUGAUUAAAACAUCGUUUAAGAAGACUCGGGUAAUUGAGCCUCUUCAUACAAGUGGCCCCGUCGCCGUGACUUCAGAUGGCACUAGGUUGUUCACAUGUAUAGACACAGAAGUCCGGAUGACGGGUGUAGUGAAUGGGCGGGGGAUAUGCAGAUUUGAAGGGGACUCGAGUUCAAUAACCUCCAUGACACUGGCCCCAUCGCUGACACACAUUGUGAUAUUUUACUCAUCCCUAUUCUUUCGCACAUUCGAGAUCCCCCAGCUACCAGAAACCCAAAUACCUGAUGAGCCCGAAAUUCAAUUAAUCGAACCCACCCGUAUCGUCCCAAAAUGCCACGAUGCACCAGUGCAUGUCUGUCGCAUCGAUCCAUCAUCAACUCUGCUUGCCUCUGGAGCUGCAGACGGAGUAGUUAAAGUAUGGGAUCUCCAACGCGGAUACUUAACACAUCUAUUUAGAGGACACGGAGGAAUUGUUUCUGCGCUAGCAUUUAAUCAUCCUCGGGAGACGAGCAAAAGCCCAGAGGCUCUGAACGAUGAGACUUUACAACUGAUCACCGGAUCCGUUGAUAAUCGGAUACGCUUGUUUGAUCUCACAGCCCCAACAUCUCAAAAGGCCCACGCCUCCGCCACUGCUGUUCUCGAUGGCCACAUGUCUGUACCUCGUGGCUUAGACGUGUCUCCUGACGGCCGGUGGCUGGUUAGUGGUGGACGAGACAGUGUUGUUCUCAUCUGGGACCUCUACUCGGAGAGCAAUGACAAACAUGUUUCAGAAACAUCCAAAGACAAAGCACUCCGUGGGUCGGCAAACAAUGGACAGGCUACUCUUGUUACAACGAUACCUGUUUUUGAGAGAAUAGAGGCUGUUGGAUUUAUACUUCCCGAGACUCCAGUUCCCUCAUCUCCAUUUCAUCUCGGAAAGAUGAAAUUCUUCACUGGUGGUGAGAAAGGUUGCAUUAGGGUUUGGAACGCUCGGGAAGGGGGGGUAAUAGCCACGUAUGGUCAAGAACUAUCCGCUGGUUCGAAUUCCGAGUCGAAGUCAGACGAGUCGAGAGAAAUCGUGGACGUUCUCUACACCCCGCAGACAGCGACACUAACUUCAGUUCAUGCCGACCAAAACAUCCUUACGUUCUCCAUUGAAUCCGGUGCCCUCACUCGUCGACACGUUGGUUUUAAUGAUGAAAUAAUUGAUUGUCGUCUGCUUCGUUUAUCCGAGUCGACAAACUCUGAAACGCAUGUGGCACUGGCUACCAAUUCUUCUCUCAUCAAAGUUUACAACCGAGAUACUUUAGAUGUGCGACUUCUCCCGUCAUUAGACUCUACUUCGGCAGGACAUUCAGAUGUUGUGCUUUGUCUGGAUUCGAUUCCUUCUGCACCAGUCCUUGUUAGUGGAAGUAAGGACCGAACGGCAAGAGUGUGGACAACGAAGACGUCGGCUUCGUCGGAGGGCGGCUCCAACAUGGAUGCUGGAUGGGUAUGUGUUGGACUCGCGGAAGGCCACACGGAGUCUGUUGGGGCAAUCGCUUUAGCUCGAAGGCUACAUGGGGUCACGACGCUACCGGUCAUUAACCGAAUACCAUUCAUGUUCACGGGAAGUCAAGACCGAACCUUGAAAAUGUGGGACCUGUCUGUUCUUCCCAAAUCUGAUUCUGAGAGCGGGCCAGUUCACCUUAAAUCGCUUUGGACGAACAAGGCGCAUGACAAGGACAUCAAUGCGUUGGACAUUUCUUAUAACGAUCGGUUCCUGGCUACCGCCUCUCAGGAUAAAAUUGUGAGUAUAUACGAGAUAACGCAUCAUCCCGGGUCUUCAGCAAGGAAGGAAGGUGCGAGAGGAAGCGCGCGCGUAGUUGGAGUCUGUAAAGGUCAUAAGCGAGGUGUAUGGGAUGUCAAGUUCCCCAGGACUUCCGAUAAGAUGUUGGUUACAGCUUCCGGUGACAAAACGAUCAAACUGUGGAACUUGGGUGAUUUUACGUGUUUAAAGACCCUCGAGGGUCAUACUAAUACCGUACUGCGGGUCAAUUUCAUCAGCGAUAAUCUGCAGCUCAUCAGCAGCUCAUCAGAUGGCUUGGUGAAAAUAUGGAAUGUCCGUGAUGAAGAAUGCGUUACGAGUUUGGACAAUCAUGAGGGGAAGGUAUGGGCGCUGACAAUAAGCCAAGAUGAGUCUACAAUUGUAUCAGGAGCAGCGGAUUCGGUAGUCACCUUCUGGGAGGAUUGCACCGAGGAAGUUGAACUCCAGAAGGCUGAAGAGAGGGAGCAAGUGGCAAUUAAGGAACAAGACUACAUGAACUUUUUGGCACUCAAAGACUAUCGUUCGGCCAUCUUAUUGGCUCUGUCGAUGAACCAGCCGGGUCGUUUAUUCAAUCUAUUCAAAACUCUCAGUGGUCGAACAUCCCUUGGCACCGUAUCACCAGAAGAUGAAAAUAGCAUUACCGGAAGCGCUGCUGUGGAUACCAUCAUACAAACCCUUCCCCCUAUCGAGCUCGCACGCCUCUUGAUUCUUGUGCGGGACUGGAACGCCAAUGCAAAGUCAAGUGUCGUCGCUCAGACCGUCCUUUAUGCGGUCCUCAAACUGAAAUCAUCAGAAGACAUUGCAAAGGCAUUCAACGUCUUAUCGGAGUCGAGGAUAACGGAUGUGGAUUCACUCGCCACCAAGAACACUCCGAAGGUUACCCUUAAGGGGAUAAUAGACGGGCUGGUACCUUACACAGAACGGCACUUCGCAAGAACGGACCAACUUGUUCAAGAUAGCUACGUGAUCGAUUUCAUAUUGGGAGAGAUGGAUAUAGGACUCUUGGUAGAUGAUACAUUACAGUUGGACGUUGCGGCCUGAUCCGGGGAAACGUAUCCUGCAGUGCGACGCAUCACCGAGCCUCCGCAUAAGUCACGUCACUAAUGUCCUGUUUGGCAGUGUACGGCAUUGAGAUUAUUAAAUUUGGUCUUACGUAGCUUGCUGUGACAGCACAUCCACUUCUGCGCGGAGUGCAUGAUGUUCUUAACCACAACACUGCGCCCUUAAGUGUGACUCCCGUGCCCGAUAGCCCGACUGGACAUAGAUCGGAUGGACCGCUCAGGGAGGAGCAAGCUGAUAAUCGGCUUCUUGAACACUUGGAUUGAUGAUACAUGGAUUAGUCAGCAGUCAUCGCCAAUCGCCU